CGUACCGGUUGACAAGAGACACCGAGGAGGCACACUCGUAGCACCGAGGGGGAACGAGAGAAAAACCGCGCGCGCAUUCGCUAAUCUCGUCGCAGAGAGACACACAGGGACGGCGCGAACCGUGUGGGGGCACAGGCGCGUGGUUGGAAAUCCCGUUGGCGGAUACUUUUUUACGCACGAGCUAUUUUGUCAUCAUGUCCGGGUCAUCUCCGAUCUCCACGCCCACCGCUUUACCGCCGGCGGCAGCUGAGAGCGUUGAGCCGUCUGCCACCGAUCAGCAGCAGCAGCAGCAGCAGCAGCAGCAGCACGCUCACCCGUACGACCUCGAGCUCACGCCGCAGCAGCAGCAUGACGCCGACCAAGCGGCCAUCAAGGCGGCGGCGGCGGCCGUAGAAGCGGUCCACCGCGCUGCGGCGGCGCCUCCGUCGCUGUAUGGGACAGAGGACGAUGAAGACGAUGAUGAUGAUAUCCCGGGGCUGGAAGACAAGAGGGCGAAGCGGGGCUUCAGCAAGCGGGUUACCCUGCGGGACCUGGAGCGCUACUUCGAGUACCCGAUCGAGGAUGUCAGCAAGAUGAUGGGCGUGUCCACGACGAUUAUCAAGAGGCUGUGCCGCAAGUACGGCAUCAAGCGAUGGCCCUACCGCCAGAUUCGGAGCGUGAACAAGUCGAUCAAGUACGUCGAGCUCCUCGCCCGCACGGCGCAGGGGGUCGACAGACAGCGGCUACAAGAGCAGCUCGUCUCCCUUCACUACAAGAAGCAGCUCAUCUGCCAGGCGGCUACGACAGGAGCAUCCGCCAAGGUGCGAAAAUCCAUCCUGCAGAUGCGGCCCGAGGAACUGGACGCAGAGACGCUUCUCCGAACGGGCGGCGGUGCGAGUACCGCAGGCGGGGCAGGAACCACCGCUGCCGCCGCUGCCGCCGCUGCAGCCGCCGCCACAGAAUUCGGGGACCUAGGGAAUCCCACCAGCCCGCUAGCCGAGGCGCCGGGCGUUCCGCAAGAGGAGGCGGGGCCGGCGGGGGUUGGAGAGGCCAGUGCCGGAGGGGACGGGGCAUACGGGCCGGAUAUUCAGGCCAUGGAGGAGGCGGCCGCAGCCGCGUCUGCAGCUGCUUCCGCCGCUGCGGCAGCCGUGGCGGCGCAGAGCCCGUACGGCAUGCCGCCGCACAUGUCGAUGGCGGGGAUGGGCAUGGGGUACAGCCCGUACGUGCACAUGGCGGCGGCCGCACAAGCGCAGCAGCAGGCCAUGGCACACCACCAACAUCACCAGCAGCAGCAUCAUCAUCAUCAUCAUCAUCAGCAGCAGCAGCAGCAGCAGCAACAGCAGGGCGGAGCGGCAGCGGCGGCUGCCGGGGGCGGGGCGGGAGCGGCAGCGGCGGCGGCGGCAGCGGCGGCGGCGGCGGCCGGGGCUCACGGCGCCGCCCCGCCCCCGGGCUCUCCGAUGCACGGGUACGGUCUCCACGCCAUGUACGGCGGCUACCCCGGCAUGAUGGGAAUGCCGUACCCGUUCCAGGCGCACGGGUACCCGGGCAUGCCGGGUUACGGGGUGCCCGGGAUGGGUAGCUAUCCGAGUCUCGCGGCCGGGGGCGGCGACCCGACGCUGGCGUCGUCGUCGUUUGGGAUGAGCGGGAUGGCGGCGAUGCAGCUCGCGGCGCAGUCGAUGCACCAGCACAGCCACGACCAAGCUGUGCAGGCUCAGGCUCAGGCUCAGGCUCAGGCGGCCGCCCAGGCGGGGAUGGGGAUCCACCACCCCCACCCUUACCACGACCCGAACCACCCGCAGCACCAGCAGCACAUCGACCUCAACCAGCCCCACGAGGUGCAGAGCCACCAGCUGACCUACCAUCAGCACCACCUUCACCAGAGACAAAUGCAGCUUCAGCACGAGGCAGCCGCUGCAGCAACGGAGACAACCGCCGCAACCGCCAACGCCGCCGCUGCCACCGCAGCCGCCAAUGCCGAAGCUUCCGGCAGUGGUAGCAGCGCACCCGUGUCACCUGGAUCGGGAUCCAAUGGAGAUAAGACUGCAUCACCUCCCCCCCAGGAAAACGGACACUCGGCGUCAGUGUCAGUGUCAGUGUUUGACAGCCACCGUCCGGGGGCGGGGACCAGCCAGGCUGGCGCAUCUGCUGCUGCCGCCGCAGCCGCGGCCGCUGGCGCUGAUGACGCUGGCGCAGCCGCCGUUGAGGGUUGCGAACAGCAGGGCAGCGCAGUUGAGGGUGCUGGUGCCGAUGCGUUUGCAGGGGGAGGGGAUGGCGGCGAAGCCUCGACAGAACAGGACUUGGAUGCUGACGCAAACGGAGCCGGAGGCUCUGCGUGACUAGCGCUGUUACCUUGUUAGUAGAUGUGUAUGUUUUUUUGUUUCCGUUCACUGAAAACGAGGAUUAUUGCGGCUACAUGGCUGGUUUUUGUGGAAAGUAUCAUGUUUAUCGAAAGCAGAAGGGAGGGGGAGGGGGUCUUGGCCGCCAUAGCCGUGUGCUUCUUCGAGCUACGGCUGGGGCGGAUGUGCACGGAUUUUUGCUUGAUAGGGUGGCCUCUUUUUUUGCGGUUACCGUUGGGUCUUGUAAAGUACCAGGUACGGGAUAGAACGGUGGGAUACAUGGAACGGUUGUGGUUCUCAGGAUGCCUGCUGUUUUGGCGAGUCUGUUGGAUGGUCCGUUCGGUGGGCGGCAAGGACGAAACUUUUUUGUCAAAACGUUUUGCAGUCCGUGCGGAGCAAGAGGCUGCCAUUUUUGUUUUGUUUUUCGUCGUGUCCAUGGUCCGCAGCCUGCGUCCAGGCGUGGAUCCUUCGAGGCACGUAGUAACGUGUAGCCUGCAGCUGCGGCUUUUGCUGCUGCUGGCUGGCUGCCGUUGUUGUUUUCUCCGUACAUCAUUAUUUCGGGGGAUGCUGCAAGCACAGACAACCACGUCGGGUGAAUGAAGGCUCGUGCUACGCUGACUUUGGAGUGGCGCUAGCUGGGUGGGUGUGCUUGCAGAGCCGGAGGGAGAGGGCGUUGAGGGCCAUCGCUCGACCUUCUUGAACCCCUGGCGAACGGAGGCAGCUCAAGAGUUCGCGGUCCCUUGGGCAGAGGCUGUAAUGGAGGCUCGUCGCGUGUAUCCGUUAGCGUUCUCCGCGGUACCGUGCCAGGCGAGAGGCAGACAGAAGCGGCAAGUUCAACGAGAGGAUCGGGAGCGAGACCAAUUCUAUUUUGGGAAUGCAGUGCCGUUUGCAUGCAUCGUGAUUGGCUUGCUGGGUGUGUCUUUGAUUGCCCAUCUACUACAGUACUACUCUAGGUGUGGCAAAUAUAGCCCUUGGGUGGAUCCGAAUUCUCUUGUGUUUUGUAGGUCGUCUCAGAGUGCGUUUUAUCUUUUCAUAGUCACGGCAAUUUGUUGUAGGUGUGUGAGUGAGUGGCCACUUGCUCCCACCCGUAGUAGUUGCUCCUCCCCAAUAGUCUUGAGUGUUUCUAUUGUUCGCCGUUGCAGGUUUCCGGCACGAGCUAGCAGUUGGGUGCAUCGUUGGUUAUUGGCGCGGGAAAACAUUUGUUCGGAAAGCUGUUUCCUAUCGUCACAGAAUAUGAAAUGUAGAAUGGCGUUUUUUUUUGUGUUUUAUGUUUUGUGGUUUUGCCAGUUGAAUAGUGUCAAUGUUACCGUGCUUGACCAGCACACGGGAACCUCUUAUGGUACACCGUUUUGCUUCGUUCUCGAACGAAAACAACAGCAAGCAGCAACAACAGGGGUACAUGGUGCUCCGUUGUUGCUAUAAUAGUUGCGGUAGGUGGCGCGCGAGAGAAUACCCCGCGCCACCAGCAAGUAUGUGGUGCUUGGUUCGAGGAAAGGAUUGCAUUAUUAUGCUUGCAACGUCUUGUCGAGAAGAGUUGACGAGACUGGUAGUAGCUUUUAAGAAAACGCAUGGAAGAGGCGGCACAAUUCACAUGGAGUGGCGACACGUGCGGCGGAAUGACGCGUUCUAGGAGACAUCUUCGGCUGUGGGGACGUGAUGUCACAUUGAUUCAAUGGUUAGAACCGUUUGAAAUCCUCGUCUUUCGU